AAAUAUACGCAUUCACGCAAGGAAUCCUGGGUAAGAAACACGCCAUGGCGUUACAUGUUGCUAGGAAACCGCAGUAAGUCUCCACCAAGCCCAAGUGGUUGUGACAGCUCAUACGGCAGGAACGAAUCCCUCCUUCUCAAAAGAUGUCCUGCGCAGUGCUGCUUGAUGGCAACUGCAAGCCCAAGUCAAUGAGCCGGGCGAGCCUCUGGACCGACGAGAUCGAGAACCUGUACAGAUUCCAGCAGGCAGGCUACCGAGAUGAGAAGGAGUACCGGCAAGUUAAGCAGGUGGAACUGGUGGACCGGUGGCCAGACACCGGCUUUGUGAAGAAGCUGCAGAGGAGAGAUAACACCUUCUACUAUUACAACAAGAAACGAGAGUGUGAAGACAAAGAAGUGCGCAAAGUAAAGGUUUACGCAUACUGAACUGCACACGAGGACUGGCAGCACUUCUGGGUUUUUGUAUUUGUUUGUUUGUUUUUUUGUUCCCCAUUUCUUUUUUGUGUUCUUUGUCAUUCUUUUUAAAUGCAGAUACCAACAAAGGUGUAAUAGCAGCAGCACUAACUGAAUCUUAGUUCUGGAUAUUUCUUUUGGUCUCUGAAUAAAUUUGUUGCAUUUCCUUAAACGUCAGUAAUUUAUCAUAUACUGUGUUUGUCUGACCAGAAAAAGCCGCCAUGCUGGUAGCUUUACAACUGCUUCCACCUGCCAAGAUGUGGGAGAAUAAGUAAAUUCUGAUAACAAGCAUUAUUAAAUGUAUUAAAUGUGUCAUCUAUUUGUACUUUUGCUGUGUCUUGAAGUAUGUGGGCAAAUGGUAGAUGCCAUGAUUUAUAAAUACCAGUGUGAUUUACAAAGGAACAUGCCUCUAAGAAAUUCAGCCAAAUUUUCCAGCUGAAGAUUGCAUACUGAAUAUUUUCUGUGCAUGGUCAUUGGUAAGCCUAAUUAUGGUGGUCACAUACUGUCCUGGAAGCUUUAAUUGGGUAUUAUAUUAGGGUGCUCCAAAGCUGAUGUAUUUAUCUCCACUGUCUUAUGAUGGAGUAGCCAAAUAUAUAUAUUGUAGUGUUUAUUACCAAACUGAUAUUUCAUCAAUCAAUCAAUAGUCAAUAGUUGUCGAGGGUCUCACCAAAACAAAAGAUCUCAGUCAUCAUCUUAGCGUGGAGUUUUAUUCCGUAAAACAAUGUGGCCUCACCUGUAUGAGGUCAUACUCUUAGGCAUAUGCACAUUUCUUGUCAAAAAUAAAGAUCAGAGGUUUGUGUACA